UCAGUCAGUUACUUCGGCUUCAAUCGCUCGCUGUGGAUGUGCGAUUUUUUUCGUUUCUCGCGGCUCACCUUUCUUUUGUAUGAACCAUCAAAAAGGGGAAAAACUCUUCUAAAACUUCAUUGAGGUGAAAUUUCAGUGCGUGUUUGCGUGAAAACAAUCCCACUCUGUUACACGUGUGUGCCGGUACCGUACCGUCCCGGGGGGUUGGCCGCAGCAUAAAUUUUCUGGUUCAGCUGCCGGAUUUACCGUUUGCUUUUGGUGCGGUGUGCGAAGGGGGGGAAACGAAACAUACCCGGAUUAAUCAUCACCACCCGUCGUCGGAGUGUUUUGCACGGGGGAAAAUGCGAUAACCUUUCCCACGAUAGAGAGAGGGACACUAGCGAUUGACCGACCGACCACCACGGAAACACGGCUGCUGGUGCGAUGCUGCUGGCGCUCCGUCUGGACGCCUCACCUCGGAAUCACCGGCGGGUCAGCCCCGGCAGUCACAGCUGGCCAAGUGAAUGAAGUUCCGGUUUCGCACAAAAAGUUAAGAAUCGUAUACGCGCGCUCGUGUGAUAAGAAAACCGAACGUGGUGAGGUUGAUAAGUUUGAGUGGAAGAGAAGGUCAGUCCUCAGUCCUUUUGGGGAAUUCUCAGUUGUACUUUGGCCGCGUGUCGGAAGAUUCGAACAAGAAUUUCGGUUAUCAGUGCUCAGAGCUUAGCCAUGCCCUCCUGCAGUGGACUGAUUAGCGAGGUGAUAAAAUACCCGCGGGCCCUGUUCCGGACGGUGUUUGUGAUUGUGAACAACAUCUACUGCGUGCCGACCUAUCUGAUAUGGAUGUUCUUGCUGCUGCCCUUGAAGAAGAUCCACGAGAGUUACUACUACAAAAUCGAGGGCGUUCUGUUCCACUGGCUGCUGGCGAACGUGACCAUGUGGUCCUACACGGCGGGAUACGACAUGGUUGAAAUGGGCGACGACAUCACGCCGGCCCUGGACGAGCGCACGCUGGUCAUUGCGAACCACCAGAGCACGUCGGACGUUCCGCUGCUGAUGGCCACGUUCAACGUCAAGAAGGGCGUCUUGCCGAACAUUAUGUGGAUCAUGGAUCGGCUGUUCAAGUACACCAACUUUGGGGCGGUCAGUUUGAUCCAUCAGGACUUUUUCAUCGCUUCGGGCAAAUCAAACCGCGAGCGGUCGCUGCUCGAUCUGAAGAAGCACCUCACCCAGUCAUACAUUCCACGCGAGCGCAAGUGGAUGGUGCUGUUCCCCGAGGGAGGAUUUCUGCGCAAACGAAAGGAAGUAAGCCAAAGAUUUGCCGAGAAAAACAAUCUACCAGUAUUAAACAACGUCACCGUGCCACGUGUUGGCGCCAUGAAGGCCAUCGUCGACGUGCUCGGCUCGCCGGAUUCUCCCUGCUCGGACGGGGCCCGGAUGAUGCCGUCCGCCGUCGUGGAGGACGAGUUUGCGAGGACGGCGACCUCGCAGCAGCAGCUGCAGGAAGAGAGUCAGCAGCAUGAUGACGUUAGUAGCACCCUAAUCAAUAGCGAAGCAAUAAGUACCGAUGACUGUGAUAAUUUUAAGGAUUCACCAUUUACCAAACUAAACGGCAAGCUGAGCGACUGUCUUGAGUACAUUCUGGACGUCACCAUCGGGUACCCAAACGGGAAACCCCUAGAUCUACCAAACAUCGUGCACGGGUUCCGGAACCCGUGCCAGACGUAUCUGUUCUACCGGUUGUACCGCAGCUCAGAGGUUCCCCGGGACAGUGAAUCUCUCACGCGGUGGCUGUACGACCGGUUCUUCGAGAAGGAACGCCUGCUCGAGGAGUUUUACCGCACCGGGACGUUCCCGUGCGGCUCGUCGGCUACGCUCCCGACAGUCGUGCAGCAGGACCUGUUGCGCUUUUUACUCAUCCAUCUGUUCUUUGUCACCUCGACGUACGUCCACUACCAGCUGAUACUGAUGCUGAUCAACUACUCGAAUGUCAUGUACGUCUAUCUGCUGAGCAACAGCUAAGCACAAAUGCCGGUCCUCGGUCCGAGGCACAAAUUGGCGCUAAAAUUGUUUGUAACAAGAGAUGAAAACACAAAGACUAACACAAACCCUGGUAACAUGUACUGGUCAGAGAGAGAGAGAGAGAGAGAGAGAGAGAAAAGUGAGAAGAAAAUACGCACGAUUUAAAGAUUUUUUUUUUGCAAACGCACGAGAGGAAGGACCUUGUAAUCUUAUGAACGGUAGCGCAACAACAACCCUCGUUCUUUCUUUUAACCUUCUCAAAACGAUAAGUUGGGAACGAAAUAAAGUCGUGUGCUUUUAUUUUCUUGAUUUAACCAAACUAGCUAUUUAGUAGGAGAUAAAAAAAACUUUUCAUAUAAAGACCUAAAGGAGCGUGUUCGUGUGUAAGUUGGACGCCAACAAUCGUUUUUACACUGUGUGGGCAAACUAUACACAAUAAAACACAUUCGAGUAGGUAAGCAGUCAUAUAAGAACCUUGAUUAUUGCGAGUGAUCUUUUUUUUCGAUCAACACAUUGUAAUAGAAGUCCAAAUAUUACGGUCGGAAUAUUUAGAUCACAGAUCUAAUUACUUAGAGCAGAGAUCUAAAUAUUUUGAUAGCCUAAAAUUUAACAUAAACUUAAUUAUUUUUUAAUUCUGCAACAUCUAAACACAAAAUAUCUAAAUUAAAAAAAAAAUAAAUGAAGGAGAAAUUAAUUAGAAAUGUAAUGAUUUUAAUUGUUGGAAAUUUUAAAAUAGAAGAAUUAAAUAAUUUGAAAUUGUAGCUGCAAACAGUUUCAAAAUUCGAAGAUAUAAAAUAUUAAUUGAAAUAAUUCCAAAAAAUGUGUUCCAAGAAUUAAAUGUUUAAUAAAGUAAAAAUUAUUUGAUUUGAGAAAUCAAAAAUGAUAAAAAAAACAUCUAAAUUUUAUUUAAAAAAAAAAUGCAAAAAUAAAACUUAAUAGUUUAAAUGUUGGAAAUUUAAAAAUUUGAAAAUUAUGGGACAUAAAACUUUAAAUUUUUAAGUUUAAACAUACGAUUUUUUUAAAUUAUUUAAUAUUUAUUAAAUUCCGAAAAUUAAAAAAAAUCAUAGCUUAGGGAUACAUUAUAUUUUUUUUUUAUUUGAGUAAUCGAAACUAAAUUUAAUUUAUAUAAAAAAUGAAUUAUUCAAAAAUAUAAUUUAAAAACAUAGUAAUUAUAAAUUGAAUUAUUGAAAAAUAUAAUUUAUUACACAUUAAUUUUAAAUGCUAACGUUUCCAGCAAAAAGGAAAAUAGUAAGACUCAAAAAAUUUGUAGGACCAGAAGAUUAAAAAAAAAUUGAAAUAAAUUUUCAAAAUGAAAAACUUUAACUGAAAAUUUUCGCAGCAUAGGAAUUUGAGUAAUCAAAAAUGAGAAAAAAAACAAUAUCAUUUAUAUAAAAAUUUAAAUAUUAAAAAAUAAUUAUAAUGUUAUUCAUUUCAAUUGUUGGAAAUAUGACAUAGACUUCAAAAAAUAUUUGCAACGGCCUUAAUUUUUUAAAUAAGUUUAAAAAAUGAAAAACCUUAACUAUAAAUUUUGACGGCUAACGAAUGUUAAAAUAUAGUAAAUAUUUUGAAUAUCAGAAAUCAAACUUGCAAAAAAUAUAAUUUGCUUUAAAAUGUGGCUAUUAAAAAAAUAUUCAAAAAGUAAAAUGUUGGAAAUAUCAAAAUUAUAACAAUUGUAGGAUGGAAACAAAAUCAGAUAAUGAUUAUUUUUUUUUGAUCAAAAUAAAUUUGAAAAUCCAAUUUUUAAAAUGAAAGAUUAAAAUUGUGAUUUUUCAUAAAUCAAAAAUUAAAUAUAGUUAAUUUUAUUUCUCUGAAAAUUUAAUUUAAAAAUUUAAUGAUUAAAUUGAGUUUUGAAUGUAAAAAAAAGUAUGUAAUUUUUUUUAAUUUGUCAAAAUUCGAAGGUUUAAAAUUUUUUUAAUUAAACUAAAUUCAAAACAUGAGUUUAAAAAAAUUAAAAACGAAAAUUCCAAAGCUUAAGGAUGCUUGAAUAAAAAAAAAACAAGAAUUGAAAAAGAAUUAAAGACGAAUUUAAGAAAAACUAAAGAACAAUUAAAGAAAAAAUAAAGAAGAAUUAAACAAGAAAUAAUUAACGGGGUAUAAACAAAAAUCAAUCAUGAAUUAUACAAUAAUUCAAAAAAUUAAAUAUUAAAGAAAUAAAGGUUAAGUCUAUAUUUCUUUAAUUUAAAAAAAAAUAAGAAUUGAAAGAAAAUAAUUUCUGUAUAUGGUUUUUUUGAAGUUUACAUUUUCAUUUUUUUAAAUUUUCAGCUACCAAUUUAUCAAUUAUUUCAAGUGAAAACAACACUUGCAAAAUCUUAUGACAAACCUAUAUCGUUAUUUUUAGAUCAAUUGAAAACGAUCGCUUGCAGUAAUCAUGGUGAAAAGAAGAAAUGAAAAAAAGUCCAUAACAAAGAAAAAUUACACGGCGGCUGAAAUAAGCUUCAAUAAGACGAAUAUUUGCGAAAACAAUGACAAAAAAUAUUGAUACAAAAAAAAAACGCAUUGUUUCUAGUGGAUGUACUAAACACAAAACAAAAACACAAAAAUCAACAUUGACAUAAAAACAAAACAAAACAAACAUUAGAUGGUUGCUAGUUUGUAAGAUGGAUUACAUUUUACAAGUCACUGUUCAAAACAGGGUUCAAUGCAGGCAAAUGCAUCUAGAUUUUUUUCAUUUGUUUUUUAACUUAUCGAAUGUAAAUAUAGGUUUAAAACGUAUUUAUUUAAGUACUCAAUCGGAUCGAUUUAAAACAGGCAAAGAGAGAGAGAGCGGUCAGAGUCAGAGCAAAGAUGUGUGUGAAGAUAAUAAAAGGGCUUAUCUCUUGCAUCACUUGUUUAAAUGAGUGUUUGUGUGCGUGUUUCUGCGAAUGGCGCGUAUUUAAGCAUAAAAUACAAAAAAAAAGUGUUGACCGAUUUUCUUUCGCACAUUGCUGGAGUAAAUGUAGCACAAACAAGCAAAAA